AGCGCGGGCCACAAGAUGGCGGCGCUCUUGGCGCUCCUCUGCCGGGGCGCCCCCAGCCUCCGCGCUGCCCGCCUGCCCCUCGCCGCUGCUACCACCACCGCCGCCGCCACCCUCCCGCCGCUGCGCCGUCCCUCCGCGCCGCUGGGAUCCCCGAGGCCGCUCAGCUUUUCGGCGGCCGAGCUGGUGCGCGCCGCGCCGGGCCCGCUGCGGCCUUACCUGCGCCUCAUGCGACUGCAUCAGCCCGCCGGGACGUGGCUGCUGUACCUGCCCUGCACCUGGAGCAUCGGCUUGGCGGCCGAGCCGGGCUGCCUCCCUGACUGGCACAUGCUGUCCCUCUUCGGCGUGGGAGCGGUGCUCAUGCGCGGAGCCGGCUGCACCAUCAACGACAUGUGGGAUCGUGACUACGACAAAAAGGUUGCGAGGACAGCAAGUAGGCCCCUGGCAGCUGGAGAUAUCUCCCCUUUUCAGUCCCUCGUUUUUCUUGGGGGACAGCUUAGCUUGGCACUUUGUGUGCUUCUGUGCCUGAAUUACUACAGUAUUAUUCUGGGAGCAGCCUCUUUGUCUCUUGUGAUCACCUACCCCCUGAUGAAGAGAGUAACAUAUUGGCCACAGUUAGUUUUGGGGCUUACAUUUAAUUGGGGAGCCCUUCUUGGCUGGUCUGCCAUCAAAGGGUCGUGUGAGUGGUCUGUGUGUUUGCCCUUGUACUUUGCUGGAGUAAUGUGGACUCUGGUAUACGAUACCAUUUAUGCACAUCAGGAUAAGAAGGAUGACAUCAUCAUCGGUGUGAAGUCAACGGCGUUACAGUUCAAGGAGGACACGAAGCAGUGGCUCAGUGGCUUCAGCCUUGCAAUGCUCCUCAGUUUGUGCGUGGCAGGGAUGAACUGUCACCAGACCUUCCCAUAUUACUCAGCCGUGGCUGCCGUAGGGGCUCACCUAGCACACCAGAUUUACACUUUGGACAUAGACAAACCUGAAGACUGUUGGAAGAAAUUUGCUUCAAAUCGUACUGUAGGAGUUCUGCUCUUCACAGGGAUUGUGCUUGGAAAUCUGUGGAAACAAAAAGACUCAAAAAAUGCAGAAGAACCUUUAGAAAACAGAUAGCUGAAAUUACUAUAAAUACUGAUAUUUUAGUCCAGCUAAAAUGUAAAUGUAAGUACUGUAAGAAGGAGAAAAAAAAAUUAACUCUAGCUGCUUUAUACACUUUAUUUAUAAUACCUGAUGAAAACAUUUUUGUUUAUAAAACCAUGCAAAUAAGAUCAUCCUACAAUAUAAAUUCUGAUUAUCCUUAAAUUACUUCAGCCCCCACAGAAGUUUCAACAAGUGAAGCUGCUCUGCUGGUCCCAUGUAGUACAAGCAAACUUUGGUCAAGCUCUCAAAACUCUGAGCCCAAGAUUUUAUACGAAAUAAAUGUCUCUUAGCGACAGCACGUGGGAACAUGCAAAAGAAUUUCAAGAUGUAAAUAAAAUCUGGCUGUACAUGUUCAGUGUUCUGAUUUAAUGCAUGAAUAAUUUUCAGUUUCAGUUGGAGCUUGAUGCGUGAAGGAAUUGCAAUGACAUUUUUUUAUCCUGAGAAGUCUAGAGGCAGUCAGGACUCUUGAGUGUGUGAGGUCCAUAAUAAUAAAUCAAUAGAGAAGUAUUUAAAAUUACCUUUUGCUCUUGUUGUGAUUGCUGGCAGUGGUUCCUUUUCACCUGAAAAGAACAGGCUUCUUCAAAGUUGCCUGCAGAGAGUGAGCCGAGCUCAUUUAACCAAGAAUGAUUUGAACACAGACUUCAAACAGCAGAGCAGCCCAGAGCUAUUGCCAAGUGUGUGUGACUGGUGGUUGACCCUGAGCUAUAAUUCAUCGUGGCAGGUGAUCCUUGUUUCUUUCAUUUUUAUUUUUUAAUUCUAUUCCUUUUGGUUUUUACAGGAAGAACUUGUUUAUAGGAGGAUGCCUAUAAACAACAAAACCAGCAACUGCAGGCUAACAAUUACAUUGCUUCAAACCCUUGAUGUUUUCAACUGGCUUUAUGCUCUCAGUUAGGUGAUUUGCACUGUAGUUAACGUUUUCUUUGGCUCAUAGUGUUAAAAAGCUUGUAUGGCAUGUUCUGGAAUUAAUUUCUGUGAAGGAAUAAUGGACAUGCCAGUUCUAGGAAAAUGAGAGGUGAUUUCCACUGGUGGCUUUGUGUACACCUCCACGCGGGGCUGUGGUUCAGCGUUGCAAAAUGUUUGGUUGCCAAACUCAUUUUUGGUAUUCAAGGACCUUUCUUGAUGUCUGCUCUGCUCCCUUAAUAGCGGGGCACAACGGUGUGCAGUCCCACCAAAAAAAUAAGGCUGCAUCUUGCUCUAGUUCUGAAGACGGGUUUCAUAUUUUAAGGUUAUUUAAACCUUAAAGGUGUGUUUGAGAGACAUUGCAGCCCAGAGCCACGCGUUCAGGGGUUGCUAACUGUGGUUUUGCAUUACUGCUGAUAGUGAACAGGUGAAGAAGUUCCUGUUGCAGGGAAAGGAGAAAGCAUAUAAUGAGUCAAAGGCUUUGGUGGCACGAGAUUGGCUUUGGGACUGGAACAGACUUCUGUGGGUUCUGAACACUUCUUUUUAAUAUACACCCUCUAAAGUUGUUGUUUUGGUUUUUUUUACUAUCUAAAGAAGUGAUGUUAAAUAUUUUUUUGAGCAAAUUUUUCUGCCUGACUGCAUGUAAGAUAGAAAUAUGUUAAAACAUUAGGAAGUGUAACUGCUUUUAGGGCCUCCUUGGUUCUUGCACAGAAGUUGUUCUUAAAUGGGGUGUAUAAUUUUGGGGUUGAGGAAGUAUUAAGUUGAAGAAAAGCAGUUUAAAAAUUAAGAAUAAUAAAUCUCUGAACAAUUACUUGACAAAGUUGCAUUUUGUAGAAGGAGAAUUGGAUGCAUCCAACUUCAUGUUGAACUUUGGUUGUACGGCAUUUACUAGUAAUAAAAAAGUCUUGUCACA